AUGACUAUGGUCAAAGUGGAGAGCACGAGCCUGGCGGGUCCUGCGAAGACGACGAGCGAAGAGUCCCCCAACACCAGCAACACCCCAGCCCCAGCAUCGACUGCAAAGCCCGACCCUCCACCAGCCACGAUCCCCUCAUUUCCUCCACCCAAGAACGACAAGCCACGGCCCCAUGUCUGCGCCACCUGCACCCGCUCCUUUGCGCGACUAGAGCACCUAAAGCGCCAUGAACGCUCACAUACAAAAGAGAAGCCAUUCGAGUGCCCUCAGUGCACGAGAUGCUUCGCGCGUCGCGACUUGUUGCUGCGCCAUCAACAGAAGCUCCACCAGCAGGGCAACACUUCCACACGCCCCCGUCAGGGACGUAGGGAAAGCACGACCGGCCUUCCACCCAACGCUUCCGGACGAGUGCGCAAGAACUCGAUAUCGGGCAACGCGGUUGGCAUCAAGGGCAAUGUCAUGAGGCCGCGCGCCAAUACCAUCAGCCACAUUGACCCGAAUGCCCUCAGCAGCUUCCUAGCCUCGCAUGGCACUCCCAUCGCAGGCCCCAGAGGCGGACAUCCAGGCCACUCACAUCAUUCAAGCUUGUCAGGUACUAGUCAGUUUGACUACAGGGGCAUGUCUACUGCCGUCGGUAACCACGGCCAACAUCACGCUCUACCGAGACUCGACACCCACCGUGGCUUCGGCAUGGGAGGCGGCGGCCUUCGCACAGCGCCCAUACAGACUAUGGCCGGGCAUGAUGAGCAUGACUUUGACAAGUUCUUCGCAUCGUCAACAGGCUCCACCAUCGACCCGAAUCAGCUACAUCACUUCAACGCCGGUCUUGGCGUUUCGCAAUCGCCCUUCAAACAGCAGUUUGCUAAUCCCUUUGCCGGAAACAACCCCAUUGAAGAAGAUGACUUCAGCUGGAGUAUGGGCAUGGAUAGCUCCCUCGUCUUCUCUGCUGCAAAUGAAUCUGCCUUGGACGGCUCGUCGCCAUCGGCAAUCAGUACUGCAAGCCAGGGUGCCUUCAACGACAUGAUGCUAGACGGCUCGAGCCAACCAAACUCCGCAGCCAUGUGGCAUAAUCCCUUAGUUACCCACACGAGCAUCAACCCGGCUACCUUCUCUUUUGAUUCCAUGAACCCAAUCUUCCCCGAGUUGAUGGUCAACACAGGUACUGGGCAGGAUCUCGGCGAUAAUGGCGUCCAGGGCGAUUUCUACGCCUCUACUCCACCUCCUUUAGCGGCCAUGAGCCCUUCAGGUGGUAUGCCCGGUAUGCCGAACCAGUAUUUUCAGACGCCCAUAACAUUCGCUUCUGAUGCUCGCAGCAUAUCAUCUUCCUCGGUCAACGGCAGUGCAAGGCACAGUUCCGUCUCCUCAUUUUCCACUGAAACCAUCACAGACUCUACGAGGCAAGCUCUAAUGUUCAACUUAAGUCAAGCCAUGGGCUACGGUCAUGGGGCUCAACGGAGAUUCUCAACCCCAUCCAUCAGCUCGCCCCUGUCUUCCAACGGAACUGUCAAGCCCUCAACGCAGGCUGGCAUACUCCCAAGUACCAUUGACAUACAGCGCUAUGUGAAUGCCUACAUUCACUAUUUCCAUCCCCAUUUUCCCUUCCUGCACAUUCCCACACUUUCCUUCAACACUCCAGCGUAUACGUACCAGCUUCGCACUGCCGGUAAUUUCAACCAGGAUACUAUGGUUGGUGGCGGUGGCUGUCUCAUUCUUGCCAUGGCCGCGAUUGGGGCGCUGUACGAGUAUGAACAAAACGUCGCAAAGGAGCUUUUCGAGGCAGCCAAGAAACUGAUCCUCUUCUAUCUUGACGAGCGUCGCAAAGCUGGCCUUUCCGCCGUUAACGGGCCGAGUUCUGCUAACGACCAUAUCAACAAACCACCGCUGUGGCUGGUCCAGGCAAUGCUGCUCAACCUCAUCUUUGGACACAGCUGCGGUGAUCGGCAAGCUGCCGAAGUCGCGAGCACUCACUGCGCUGCUCUUGUAAGCCUAGCCAAAGCUGCUGGUCUUGACAAGCCCGUCCCUCCAGAGCAGGGUAACCCUAAUUCACCAAACAACGCCAACGGUGAUAAUAUGCACAUGUCCGAUGAUCAGCAGGCGGACAGUGUAGAUGAGCACGCUCAGUGGAUGCAGUGGAAGAAUGUCGAGGAACGGAAGAGAACCUACUUUGCAAUCUUCUCCAUGUCGAGCUUGCUCGUCUCCGCCUACGCACAUUCACCGCGCAUCCUGAACUCCGAAAUUCAUCUGGACCUUCCAUGUGAAGAGGAUCUCUGGUCCGUUGACAACCCGCAGGCAUGGAUAGCAAUGGGCGGAUCAAUGAUCGCGCAGACUCGGGGACUGUCAUUCAUCUCAGCAAUGACAUAUCUCCUCGAAGCUAGCACACGGCAAUCAAACCCAGGCUCAAGAAUGCGCAACCCAUAUCCACAAGCAUUCGUCAGCGGUCAAACACUUAAUGGUCCUGUUGAGAGUGACAUCCGACCCAGCACUUUCGGUUGCUAUGUGUUGAUCAAUGCGAUGCAUGUUUACAUCUGGGAGACUAGAAAUAGACACAACGGCCGACUAUGGAAAACCCAAGAAACCGAGGCUAUGCACGCACAGAUCGAGCCUGCACUCAAGGCUUGGCAAGUUGCUUGGAGGGCCAACCCGAAUCACAGCAUCGAGCGACCGAGCCCCUUUGGGCCCUUGUCUGCCGACUGUAUUCCACUGCUGGAUCUGGCCUAUGUGAGGCUCUUUGUCAACCUUGGUCGGGCAAAGGAACUUUUGUGGCAACGUGAUUUCGAUGGCAUGGCCAACGAAUUGGCUAGAGGCAUCGACAUCAUCGGCCAAGCAGAUGGUUCCCCGGAGAGCUCUUCUUCUAUGGACAUCAGCCAUUCUCCAGAUCAGAUGGGUGCACAGGAUAAUGUCAGCCCUGGACGCACGAACCAAAUGCCCAACGGACAGUCAUCGAAACGCGAAAGACAUCUCCGCAAGGCUGCCUUUUACGCUGCCGACUCUCUUUCCAUGGCGGAUAGACUGGGCGCUUCGUAUCCCGACUACACAUCCCGAGAGUUGCCCAACUCGUCCGCGUUGUGUACAUUUGACUGCGCACAGGUCCUUGCUGAAUGGGUGGCGACCGUGCAGGAUCGCGUCGGACGCUACCUUGGCGUACUAGGCAGGGAUGAGAUUGACUUUACCGCAGUCCCAGCCAUCUUGCUGCUUGAAGAGGAGGAUGUGAAACUCUUGCAGAAGAUUUCGGAAAUUCUCCAUCACGCUGACAUGAAGAUGGCUUAUGACAUUUCUUCGACCAGUAUGCCAAUGCUAGGUGGUCUUUCCAACCUUGGACAUUGCGGAUAUGGCACCAAGUUGCUCAUGGUGACGGCUUACAUGCUGACUAAAGCUGCUGUAUGGCCAGUCACCCAUAUACACGCCCGCGCACUCGAAGCGCACGCCCACCACAUCAGCCAACGCGCAGAAAACUCCGUAAAUAUUCAGUGCAACGUCCAAAAAGUCGGUUUGAUCAUACAGUCUGGGGACUGA